UUUGUUUUUUUGCAUGGAGAGAUAACUGAUUUGUAUAUUGACUGGGUUUUGAUAUUUUAUUAUUGAUGAGUUAUGUUCCCAGACUAUGCUGUAAUUUCUGGACAUUUUGGACUAAUCUUGCAGUUGUUGAGCUGAUACAGGUGUAUGUGAUGUGUAGUUGUGUACUGUAAGUAGGACAUGACCUACUUCCAGUAUAUUGAUGGCCUUUGGACUCCAAACUUGGCUAUAUUGUGUGCAGAUACACUUGAGUGAAUCAUAAAAUUACCGGUAGCUGAUUUCUUGUUGUGUAUAUAGAUCAAGUUAUAGAUCAGGUUUGAAUCUUGUGUUGGUUUACUUUCUUUCAAUAUGCAUCACGGGUUAUGAUAAAUGACUAAAGGAAUAUUUUAGUAUAAAGGUGAUAAUUUCCUGUUGACAUGACUUUUCAAAUUGCUUUCAGUUUCAUUUAAGUUCAAAAUUAGGGGGUUAUAGAUUGCAGAAUAUGAUACAAAACAAAAACAGAUCUAGAAGAGGAUUGACUUGUUGUAGUGCUUGUAGGGUUACUGCAAAUGAUUACUAUAAGUGAAGUAGAGUAACUGAAUCACAUCACACAGUCGGCCAUUCUGUAUGGGCCAACUUCAGCUAUACUAAUAGUCUUCAUUUGUACAUGGUUUAUAUAUCUCAAUAGAAAAUAGAUGUUUUGAUAGUAUAGCUGGAACUUGUUUUGAUUUCAAUCUGUGACAUGGCUUAAUUUAUAUGUUUGUCUGUUGUAGGCUCCUCUUUUCUAGUACACCUGUACUUAAGUCAGUCAAACAUGUAAUUUCCUGAAUUUAUAUAUGGCAUACAUAGAGAGGAUCUUUCAUUAAGCACAUAAAAAAGGAGUUUAUUAAUCAAAAUUCGGAACAUUAAUAAAAAAAAAAUUAAGAAGAAUUAAUUCCUAAAAUCUGAAGAAUAUAUAUUAUUCAUAUUACAUCUAUCUUACACUUUAGAAUCUCCAUUUCCAGUUGAAUAAUUUUGUGUUGAAACUGACAGGUCAUGUGUAUAUACAUGUAUUAAUCUAUAUUUUAUGCUUAAUUCUUUUGUUAAAUCACAGAUCUGGAGAUGGACUGUUGAAACAUGUUUUUUUAAAAACAUAUAUUCUUUUGAAGACUGUCAGUUAUAUAUUCUAGGCUAAUUUUUAAGUUAAAAUCUCAAUAGGUUUUGAAUAUUUUGCUCCAGAUCAAAUCAAAGCUGGAGGUAAACUUUUUGAUUUGAUAAUGUUUUAUUUUUACAAUAUCCUACACUAACAUUGAGGAUCUCUAUGACAACACCUGUAACAUCAUUGUAAAAAUGGUUGCUCAAAGCUUGUUACACAAUGUUACUUGUAUUUUGAAAGAAUAUCUCUUGUGUAAAUGUUGUAAAAUUAGUGUUCUUUACUUAAUUAUACUGUGAACAACUGUAAGAGAUUGGGAUGGGGAAGUCUUGCUAUGAAGAGAAUGACAUUGGAAUACUUAUGAAUUAUUUAUUUGAUAAAAUGUAGCUGAAGGGCAUGUACAUACAUGCAUGCAUCUAUAAAAUUUGUAACAUUUGAUUUACAAAUGCAUACCAGUAUAUUAUUUCAAUGCCUAAUUAUAAAAGGCUAAAUACAAUUGAUUUAUUCCAUAUACCACGGCAUAGAGACUUAGCUUUUCUAUCUACAGACCACAAACCAACAGACUAACCAGAUGUUUUUUUAGAAAAAAAUUAAAAAUAAGAAAAUAGGACCCUCAUGAACUGCCCAUAAUUAAUGCCCAUAUUAAUGUCACCAUAUUGUGACAUUAUAAUACACUAGUUUCAAGAGAAGAGCUAGUAGGAGGUGCAUUUAGUGGAACUUUGAAUGACUAAGUGGGACAGAGUGGACCUACAGUCGGUGAGGAAGAUGUUAAAAUGUGUUAAAAGCGGCUUCUCUUUAAAUAUGAGAAUGUAGGAAAUACAAAUUACUAUGAAAAGAAAUAUUUUACUAACAUGGAAACAUUAAAACAAUAUCAUAUUUGCAAGUAACUUCCUGGAUAUGAUACGUACAAGCAACAAAAUAACAUGAAAUGAUAAGAAUCCCAUGUAUUUAAUUACUCCCUGAAUACUUAUCACUUACUUAGUUUGUGUAUCAGUUGAAUUCGGGUGAUGAAACUUCACAUGAGAAACUUGCCGAGUACAUUCACUAUGCAGUGAUGAAUAUUUGUUCCACUCCCACAUGUAAACAAGUUGUUUCACGCCUUAAUUAAUAUGUACGAGUCUCAGAGUUCUUCAAAGGAAGAUAACUGACAUAUCUUGAAAGUGGCGUAUUUCAUCUCUUGUGAUGUCAUAUAUAUAGCUGUUUUCAGUGAACACAAUUUGAAGGUUACAAGAUUUCGAAUCCAAAGCACAAAAAGAUAUGCAUGUACAUCAUUGGUCCAUUUGUUUAAUGAAGCAAAAAAUCAAAGUAGAAAUGAACCAGACCAGGAUUCGAACCCGACCUCCUGAAACUCUAGUCAGGUGCUCUACCAAUUGAGCUAUCUGGCCACCGGUGACCGAACCGAGCUGACCACUACAUUUAUAUAGAUUGACCUCAUCAAAGUCCCAACUCAUGUUUUCUCCAAAAUUGCAUAUUUUCUUCCUUUUUGACAUAUGUACUUAUUACAUAUCACCAUAUUUUUCAUGAUGAAAUCAUUUUGUGCUGAUUUUAUAAACUAUUUCCAGUUGUAGUGAGCCACGUACCAUCUAUCAAAAGGCUGAAUUUUACCAUGUUAUAUAUUCAGUGUAAUUUAAGUGUAUCGAUUCACAAUUAUUAAAAUUGUGCACUAAUUAUGUUUCAAUUUCCUAAGCUUUUAAAUCUAUGAGAAUUUUCUAAAAUUUCUGAUUUUUAUAACUUGAACCCUCAGGUUGCUCUUCAAUUUAAGAAGUUACAAAUUAUUUUUUUUGCAGAAUCAAGGAAUGUCGAUUUGGGCCAAGACCCAGCUGCUGCCUCCAGAACUCCUUAAACAUGUGUCUAGUAUGUAUGAGGGUUCGCAGAUCCCAAUCGAGGUCCGGCACUACUUUGCUGACUGGAUAGAAGAUCAGCCAUGGGGACAGAUCGAUGAAAACAGCAGUAAUCAGCAAGAUCAAUCAUUUGCUCAACAGCUUUUGAACAAACUCAUUGAAGAGCUUGAGAGCAAGGCAGCUGAACUUCCACAACAAAAUGAAUUCUUCAUACUCAAGCUCAAAUUUCAGGAGGUUGCCAGUCAGUUCAGAACCCAGUACACACAAAGACCGAUGGAACUGGUCCGCACAAUCAAACGCAACUUGGCCAUGGAAGAAUCUUUGGUUCACCAACAUGAAAAUCCUGAUGCAUCGGUAAGAUUUCCUCCUUAUUUAUCAAUCAGUAAAAACAAACCUGCAGCAGAUACAGACACAGUUCAGAAAAGAUCAGAUGACCUUGAACUCCUUCUCUCCUCUGUAGCACUUGAUGUCAAGCCAACUGAAACCCCUAUGCCUGUGUUUGACAAGGACAAGCUCAUCAUGUCGAAGAUUGAAAAUAUUGGUAUUCAGAUAACAGAAGCAGAGAGAAUGAUAAGAGAAUUGUCACAUAAGCAGGAGGAGUUCACCAUUAACUACCAGAAGCAGCUCCAGAUUAACAGCCAAAUAAAUCAGACACAUUCAGAUAAAUAUUUGGCAACUUUGUCCCAAGAGGAUCUGAUGCGAGUAACAACAGAAACCAGAAAAACUCUAGAAAAGCAGAAAAAGAACUUAGAGGGAGUUUUAGCAAGAGAGGCACAAACCAUUGCCAGAGCCAGAGUGGAAAUUGCAGGCAAGUUGAGUAACAACUUUGAGUGUUUGGAGGAAGUCAGGCAGCAGGUUGUUGACCAAGAGCUGAUCGAGUGGAAGCGGCAACAGCAGUUAGCAGGAAACGGAGCGAAAAUUGAUCCUAAUUUACUAGAAAAUUUACAAAAAUGGGUGGAGUCGACUGUGGAUUUGGUGUGGAAGAGCAGGCAACAGGUGUUGAAGCUGGAGGGGUUGUGCAGUAGGAUUCCGAUGCAGCUAUCGGAUGGCAGGGAUGACGUGGUAUCCACGCUAAACAGUAAAAUAACCAGCAUUCUGUCCUCCAUUGUUACAAGCACAUUUAUUGUCGAAACACAACCACCACAAGUACUGAAGAGGGACUCCAGGUUCAGUGCAAGGGUGCGUCUGCUGGUCGGUGGCAAGCUUACCAUUCACUUGACCCCUCCGACUGUUACUGCCUCCAUCAUCAGUGAGGCCCAAGCUAAGCUGUUAUUGAGGGGUCCCAAUCGACGUCCUGAACACAACUGUGGAAAGAUCCUCAACAACUCAGGCUUAAUGGAGUACCAGCCACAAAAAGGGGAACUCAGCAUCGAGUUCAGGAACAUGAUUCUGAAGACCAUUAAACGGGCCGAAAAGCGAGGAACAGAAGUGAGUGGUACAUUUGCUGUAACGGAGGAGAAAUUCUGCAUUCUGUUCCAAAGCUCCUUUCACCUGGGAAUGACUGUGAAUGAGUUGCAGUUCGAAGUCUGGACCAUUUCCUUGCCUGUGGUGGUAACAGUGCAUGGCAACCAGGAAUGCAAUGCUGUGGCCACCAUCUUGUGGGAUAACCAGUUUAGUGAACCAGGGAGGAUGCCUUUCACAGUACCUGACCAGGUGCCAUGGCCAGAACUAGUCAAUCUAUUGAACACCAAGUUUUCGUCUCUGACAGAACGCGGACUCACUCACGAGAACAAACAAUAUCUUGCCACUAAGCUCUUUGGUGGUUCAAUUGAGGACAACUUAUCGCAAAAGACGGUGUCCUGGAGUAGCUUCAAUAGGGAUCCUCUGCCUGCCAGAAAUUACACAUUCUGGGAGUGGUACUACCAAGCCAUGAAGCUGACUAAGGAACACAUGCGUGGUCCAUGGAAAGAAGGGUUUAUCAACGGGUUCAUAAGUAAGCUGGAUUCCCAGCGACUGCUGGAAAAACGGCCACUGGGAACAUUUCUGCUGCGAUUUAGUGACAAUUUCAUCGGCGGAAUUACAAUUGCUUGUCUAGUAGAGGACAACAAAACUGGUAAGAAACAGAUCUUGAACUUGCUCCCAUUCAGUGGCAAGGACUUCCAGAUCCGAGGAUUAGCGGAGAGGAUUAAUGACCUGCCACAGCUAUUGACUCUGUAUCCAGAAAUCCCCAAACAUGUGGCGUUCAGCCGCUUCAUGAGACAAACUGCCCACCAUCAAGGCGCACAAGGCACCGAUGGUUACGUCCGACACGAGUUGAGGAAUUUAAUGGUACCUGAUCCAGAAAUGAAUGGUAUGGCUGGAUUUACCAUGUGCACAGAGAACCCCCAGUCUCCACAGCUGGAAAUCAAUGGGAGGGAUUCACCGGGGACAUGUAUGUCCCCUCAAAACCUGCAAGUUUACAACACUCCUGAUGCAGGUAUGGAUUUAGAUCAGUACCACCUGCAGGAGUUGCCCGGGUCAGGAAUGGAUUACGAUGCUGACAGCAUGCUGGAGAUGAACGAUUUUUCUGACAUUAAUCUCAGCAGUUUCUUAGAAACAGCGAAUGCUGUGUUGGGUCAGAAUUUCAACAACAACACGACCAUGAACAGUAUGAAUGGGUCCUCAUAACUGAAGACACAACAUCCGACAGCGUACAGUGUAUAUGAGACAGAAGCUGUAUAUUGCUUUCAUCUUAUCGGUUUUGCACUUCACGGUUGACGUGGAAAUGUUGACAAAUUUGAUGGAUUACAAACAAUCAUAAAAAUUUCCGCACAUUGAAUUUCUAAUGUGUUUAAAUGACUAUUUCGAAUUUACUGCAGAUAUGACGAUUUGCCAUUCAUAAAUAUGAGUAGUUUGCACACAAAUGCCGUUCAUUUCAUCUGAGAAAAUAAAAAUAAGUUCCUAUAAAUCGUCAUCACAUAACGGGAUGUUUUCUGACUACUUUUUUUUUUUUUUUUUUUUUUUUUUUACAUAUUAAAGGAUAACCUGGAACUAAUUGCCAGAUAACCAUGAUAUUACCCUUGUAUUUCAUUCGUCCAAUUUAAUAUUGUUGUUGAAUAUACAAAUAAUUCAUCAAAAUGUCCACUCACCAAAUUUCAGAAAUGGAGAAAUCGUCAAAUCGUUGUUGGAGCUAAAAACACUAUUUUGAGAGUAGUGUCCUUCUAACAUUUUACUAUUCUUACAAUAAUGGAAAAUCUUUGAGCCUAAGACAAUGUUUUGAUUGAAAGUGAUAUGAUAGUAAGGUGUACAUGCAUGAAAUUCAGUGUUUCAAACUUCAAAACAGGGAUAUGCUUUCAGUUUACAGAAGUAUAUAGAUGUAUCUACGUAUUGAAAUCUUGAUUUUAACUGGUUGUAAUAACUGUAAUGUGUCCAAUAAUUUGGGGAAUUUUCAUCUGUAACUUUUGUUUAUGUUACCUUUGAAUAUUUUUGAGAAGUAUAUUGACAGUUGUACGGAGUUUAAGGAUAACAAGACAUUUUCUGACCUGGUGAGGUAGGGGGUGAAACAGAGUAUUCCCUGAACCCUGUAUCAAGAUGUGUAUUAAUUAAUUGUUAAUCUGUGUAUUAUUUACAUUUGCGUGUAUUGCUUUGCAAUAGAGUUUAGAGGAUGCAUCCUCAUUUAUUUCAGAAAUCAUUUGAAAGGAUGUAUCCUAUUCUGAUCCUCACUUUAAUAAAUUGUAAAUUUCACAAAUGCUUUAAAAACUGUGUCUGAUAUUCCUUACAAAAUUUAUUGAAUGCUAAUGAGAUGUGACAUCAACCAGUCAUCAUUGAAUUAUUAUCAAAAUAUAGUAAUACAAAAUCACUAGAUGUCUUCUCUAUCUUUUUUCAGAAAUUGACCCCAAAAAAUAUUGUAGCUUUUUGGAAUGAGAAAAUUCCCUUAUCUUAUGAACAUGUUGUGAUGUCUUAAAACCAAAAUAAAAGUGAUAAAUAAACUUCA